AUGGCCUCGACCGACGCAUCUCCUGCGGGGCUGUCCAAGUACGAUACCUCCAAGUCCGCGGGUCGGGAUUCUCUGCCAAACGACGACAAAGUCGCUUCCUAUGCAUCGACGCCGGGCGUACUCGACGAUGUUGUCAGAGUCAUCGACCACAAGGCCGAACGCCGCCUGUGUCGUCGGUUUGACGUGCGAUUACUGCCAGUGCUGGCUAUCAUGUACCUCUUCAAUGCAUUGGACAAAGGCAACCUCGGCAAUGCAGAGACGGAUGGCUUGUCAAAAGACCUCAAUUUCAAACCCGGCCAAUAUAACCUCCUCCUCUCCAUCUUCUUCGUCCCCUACGUGAUCUUCGCGCCGCCCUUUGCCAUGCUGGGAAAGAAGUUCAGUCCGGCCCGUGUGUUGCCCAUCCUCAUGUUCACCUUUGGCUCCUUUACCCUUCUCUCCGCUGCAACCAAGAACUUUGGCGGCAUCUUCGCGCUGCGUUGGUUUCUGGGAAUGGCUGAGUCCGGUUUCUUCCCUCUCGUCAUCUACUACCUGACCACCUUCUACCGUCGAGGCGAGCUGGCUCGUCGUCUGGCCAUCUUCUACGCCGCUUCGAACAUUGCCAACGCCUUCUCGGGCCUGAUCGCUUUCGGCGUCUUCCAAAUCAAGGGCUCCAGCAUCCCGACCUGGCGCUACCUGUUCAUCAUCGAGGGCGGCGUUACCGUCAUCUUUGCCGUCUUCGCCUUCUUCUACCUGCCGCGCAGCGCCGCGGAGGCCAAAUUCCUCUCUCCGGAGGAGAAGGAGCUCGCCUUCCACCGGAUUCAGGUCGACUCCAGUGCGGUGGUCAACGAGAAGUUUGUGUUCCGCGAAGCCCUUGGUAUCUUCAAGCACCCCAGCACCUACGUCUUCCUCGGCAUUGAAUGCUGUCUGGGCGUUCCCAUCCAGAGUGUCGCCCUCUUCAUGCCGCAAAUUAUCCAGCGUCUCGGCUACGCCACCGUCAAGACCAACCUGUAUACGGUCGCUCCCAACGUCACCGGGGCUGUGAUGCUGCUCGUCCUGGCCUUCAGUUCCGAUGCCGCCCGUCUGCGGUCUCCGUUCAUCGUGCUCGGGUUCCUCUUGUCGUUCUGCGGCUUCAUGAUCUACCUGUCCAUCACCGACAUCAACUCGCAGAUCCAGCUCGCGUACUUUUCAACCUUUAUGAUGACCUGGGGGACCUCUGCCCCGUCCGUGCUCCUCAGCACAUGGUACAACAACAACAUCGCCCACGAGGGCCGUCGUGUCCUGCUCACCAGUAUCGGUGUGCCGCUGGCGAACCUGAUGGGUCUCGUCGCGAGUAACGUUUUCCGCGAGCAGGACAAGCCGAAAUACAUGCCGGCGAUUAUCACGGUGGCCGCCUUUGGAGCCACAGGCGCUGUGCUGGCCGGAUCCCUGGGCUUGUUCAUGUGGCUCGACAAUAAGCGGCGGAACCGCAGGGCCGGCGUCAGCGUGAAGGCGCAGGAUGUGCCCACGGAGCGGCUGCGCGACGGGCCUGCCAGCCCCGAGUUCCGCUGGUUUCUAUAA